GCACGUCCGUAGUGGGCGGGGCUACACUUCUCGCAGGCCUUUUAGAGGCGAGCGGCCUUACAGAAACCAGAUCCGCGCCAACGGAAGACAUGACGCAGUCAGUGGUGGUUCAGGUGGGUCAGUGUGGCAACCAGAUAGGAUGCCGCUUCUGGGAUCUGGCACUGCGGGAACACGCCUCCGUCAACAAGAAAGGAAUUUACGAUGAAGCAUUAAGCAGUUUCUUUAGAAAUGUGAAUACCAGGACAGAUGAUGAUAGUGCUGACUGCAGAGGAAAAAUCUAUUCCUUAAAAGCACGCGCUCUCCUGAUUGACAUGGAAGAGGGUGUAGUGAAUGAAAUUCUGCAGGGGCCAUUGAGAGAUGUCUUUGAUAGCAAGCAGCUGAUAACAGAUGUUUCUGGCUCAGGGAACAACUGGGCUGUGGGUCACAAAGUGUAUGGGUGUCAAUACCGAGAAGAUAUUGUUGAAAAGCUGAGAAAGACUGCAGAGCAUUGUGACUGUCUGCAGUGCUUUUUUGUCAUUCAUUCCAUGGGAGGGGGGACAGGAUCUGGUCUUGGUACGUUCGUACUAAAGCUGCUUGAGGAUGAAUUUCCAGAAGUAUAUAGAUUUGUUACUUCAGUUUAUCCUUCCCGGGAGGAUGAUGUCAUUACAUCUCCUUAUAACAGUGUAUUGGCUAUGAAAGAACUCAGUGACCAUGCAGACUGUGUAUUGCCAAUUGAAAAUGAAUCUUUAUUUGACAUUGUUAGCAAAAUUAAUCAGAUGGCCAACUGUGGAAAGUUAGGAUCAACCAUAAAGCCAGCCAGCUUAGUAACUUCAAGUGCAGGUGGAAUAAAGCAUUCUCGGGAGAAACCAUUUGAUGCUAUGAACAAUAUUGUGGCCAACUUAUUGUUGAACUUGACAAGCUCUGCUAGGUUUGAAGGAUCUCUUAAUAUGGAUCUUAAUGAAAUCAGCAUGAAUUUGGUUCCCUUUCCUCGACUUCAUUAUCUUGUUUCCAGUUUGACACCACUGUAUACGUUGGCUGAUGUUAAUGUGCCCUCUCGAAGGUUGGACCAAAUGUUUUCAGAUGCUUUUAGCAAAGAUCACCAACUGUUACGAGCUGACCCAAAGCACAGUUUGUACCUUGCCUGUGCCCUGUUAGUCAGAGGAAAUGUGCAGAUUUCAGACCUUCGUAGAAACAUUGAAAGGUUGAAACCUUCACUUCAGUUUGUCUCCUGGAAUCAAGAAGGAUGGAAAACUGGCCUCUGUUCAGUACCACCUGUGGGUCAUUCCCACUCAUUGUUGGCACUAGCAAAUAACACUUGUGUAAAAUCUACUUUUGUAGAGCUCAAGGAGAGAUUCACAAGGCUGUACAAGAAAAAGGCUCACCUUCACCAUUAUCUACAUAUUGAUGGGAUGGAGCAGUCCUAUUUCUCUGAAGCACUUUCAUCUUUGUCUGAUUUAAUAGAAGACUAUAAUCAGCUAGAUGCUGCUAACUGUGGACCUGCUAUAGAUCCACCAAGACUGAAGAUAGCAAUGUAGCACUUGUUACGUGGGCGGAGGGGUGUUAAAGUUUGGAUUAGCAAAUUAUGCACAUGCAAUCCAGUUAAAAAUAACCUGGGACGAACUUACUUUGGCUGGGGUUAGUAAAUUUCAUUGUCAAAAUAUAGUGGAAGUGUUAAGUGCAAGUGAGAGUUUUACAUAUUUCUCAUAUUGCACAGAUGCUGGGUUACAUAUCUCAAAAAAGUAGAAGGAAUUAUAAUACCUCUCUUGGAAUUAUGGCCUACCUCUCUUGAUGUGAUUUUAAUUUAAGCACUAUUUUGAAGAUACUUUUAUAUGUAGAUUAUGAAAACAAACACUUUAAUAUAAUUUGACCAUAUCGGAUUUUGUUAUAAAUGAAUUUUAUUUACAAGAUAUUUACAUAAUAAAAUGUAUAAUUUCA